CAUCGUGAACUAAAAAGUUUUUCUGUCGUCUGGAUUAGAUAAUGAAUAAGUGGCUCAGGAUCAUUAUUGGAUAAAGUUAAGUUUAGGCCUAAUAUUAAUAUUGAGGGACGUUAAUUCGUUAUUUUGUAGGCUAUGAGAUGUUUCUCCUCCAUCCUGUGUGAGUGGUCACUCUGGGGUCACCAUUUGUAGGGUAUGAUAUGAUACUACAAUUUAAUGGAAGUUAAUUGUUUUGUCAGCACAUCUCUUUUUUUUUGCACUUAUCAACAUUUACUUUAAUCCUCUUCGCCACUGAUCAGUUCAUUAGCCGUUUGAACGGUUGGUCACGUCUUUGUUAUGCACUGUUGAGAUAAGUGUAAGUUGCUGUCAUUGACACUACCAGAAGAGAAGCCAUGUGGAAAAGUGUUUCCAAAUUUUUCAAGUCCAGACCACUAGUCAAGAACAUGGUGGCAUAUGGUGUGAUGUACGUUGGGGCUGAGUGGACACAACAGACUCUUCUCAAGAGAGUUUGGAAAAACGAUAAGGACCCUAAAUAUGACAUGGGAGCAUUUUCUCGUUAUGCUUUCUUCGGAGUGUUGUGGUACCCUGUGGCUUACCACUACUGGUACCGUUGGUUAGACGCAAGAUUUGUGGGCACCUCUCUAGCAAUGAUAACAAAAAAGUCUCUAAUUGACCAGUUUGUUAUGGAACCUCCACUUCUAGCAUCAUUUUUUAUUGGCAUGAGCAUAUUGGAGAGAAAGGAAGACAUAUUUGCAGAGUGGAAACAGAAAUACAUUCCAACAUUUAUGGGUGGCUGUGUGUUUUGGUUGCCAGCAAUGGCUCUCAACUUCUGGUUGAUGCCCAACUCAAUGAGGGUGAUAUUUCUAGGUGUUUGCACCUUUAUAUGGUGCAACUUUAUUUGUUGGUAUAAAAGACAAUGAUGAUGUUAAUUUUUAAUGUAAAUAUUGUAUAGUAAAAAAUUCUUUAUUUUGUUAUACAGUAUAAUUAAAUUUCAGUAAUAUUUACCUUGAGGAUCAUGCCUUCCAGUUUUAUUUGUCAUUGCUCAUGUGGAAUGAGGUGGAGGCUUGUCAUACAUUGCAGCAUUUUCACCCACUUUAGUUAUAACUCAACACCACAUGGAGCAGUUACCCAAAGUCAAACAUAUUACUGAACACCCUGAAUCCCCUGGUUAAAAUUAUCAUAUCAUCUGAGCUUCGGGGGAACCAGUGUUUUUAACAAGUUCCAAGAAAAUACACUAUACAGUAUACAGUAAUACCCCGCGGUCAAUUGAACCCACAGAGGUCCAUGUAAAACGGGAAACGCGUAAAUGGAAUAACAACAUAUGGGAUUAAUUGAAAUAGAGACUGGG